CCAGUCGUAUAUCAAUAGUGUUAUUGAGAACAACAUCUUCACACAGAGGAUCUGGAUCAGGCACCUGGCAAACAAUCAACGCAGAAACAAAGCUUGCAUAUACCUCCUGGGCAGCUUGACCAGCGUGGUUGGCCGGGGACAGAGAACACUGUGGGAAACCUUGGUGCAAAUGCAGGAAAACAACCCCAAGAUUCAAAAGAUACUGAGAGAGAUCCAGCAAAAGGGUAUCCGUCUAAUUGAUAUGGCGCUGUGGGGUGGAAACGUGCAGCCGUUGUCAGAUAGCCUGAGAGAUAUUCAAAAUCAGCACAAAGAAACCAUUCGCUGCCAGAAUGAGAAGCUGUCAGUGAACACCCUGCGUGGCCGGGAGAAGACCAAGAACUUUCUGCUGUCUGAUCGAUACACGGAAUUAAUAGUCACUUCUUCUCCUCGUGAUCGGAAGCUGGUGGAGCAUGAACUGGUGUCGAGAGGCCAAGACCAUGAAGAAUGGCAAGAGAGGAAUGUCAGGAAGGAGCUGGAGAAAAUGCGACCGGAUCAGUUGUUCGGAAGUAGUUUUGGAAGAAAGAGAUGUGGGACCACCAUUCUGAGUGGAAUCGCAGGGAUUGGGAAAACCACCAUGGUGCAGCACAUUCUAUAUAGCUGGGCCACAGGGAAGAUCUAUCCCCAGUUCCACUUUGUCUUUCAUUUCAAAUUCCGUGAUCUGAACGUGAUAACAGGGGAAACAAGCCUGAAAACCAUGGUCCUUGAAUCAUAUCCUUAUCUGCAGGAUGUUCUGGACAUCAUCUGGGAGAAGCCGGAACAUUUGCUGUUUGUGUUUGAUGGUUUGGACGAGUUCAAAUACAAGAUUGAGUUCAAGGACAAGAUUGGGUGCAGAGAGAGAAGGAGAAACCAAGCCCCUCGGAUUAGCUGCCCGGGGACUCAAGGCCUCUGUCACGCGGCUGAUAUUGUCCGCUCUCUGGUGCAGCAGGAAGUACUGAAAGGCUGUUCAGUGCUCAUCACAAGCCGGCCAACUGCCCUGGAGUCCUUAGAUCACAUCCACACCAAUCUCUGGGCUGAAAUACUGGGAUUCUUCGCUGAGGGAAGGGAAAAUUACAUCAGACGCUUCUUUCCAGAUCAGAAGAUUGCAGAUGAAGUGCUAAGAUAUGUGAAGGAGAAUGACAUCCUGUACACCAUGUGCUUCAACCCUUCCUACUGCUGGAUCCUCUGCUGCACAUUGGAGCCAAUCUUCAAACAUCCAGUGGGCAAACAGCCUCCCCCCAAAACCAUCACCCAGCUGUACGCCAAUUAUAUCUACAACAUCCUGAAGAACCAUCCACGAGCUAGUGAGUGCCCUCGGGGGGUGAUGCUGAGAGCCGGGGAGAUGGCUUAUGAGGGAAUCUGUAACAGGACCAUUGUGUUCGAUGAUGACAAUUUCCAUCGCCAUCAACUUGAACCCUCAACUUUCAUCUCAGGGUUUAUGAUGGAGAUUCUGGAGAAGGAUGAUGGUGGGAGAGGAGUUGUGUACACAUUCGCUCACCUUACCGUCCAGGAGUUUGUGGCUGCUCUCGCUCAGUACCUAACUCCCGAUCGCAGGAACAUGCUGGAGCUGCUUGACCAGGUUCACAAGAAGAACGACGGGCGCUUUGAAAUCUUCCUCCGGUUUGCUCUGGGUCUCUCCUGGCCUCACACAGCCCGGCAGCUGGAGGAAAUCCUGGGGCCAUUACCUCACGCGUCAGUCUGUGAAGCCAUCUCCUGGCUGAAGGCGAAUGUGGAGGCUGCGAUUAAACAGUCAGGGAGUGAAGAUGGUAAAAGGAAGCUGCUGCACAUGAUGUACUACCUGUUUGAGUCUCAGAACAACAGACUGGCCCAGGUCACACUCGGAGCUGUGGAGACACUGGACUUUAAUAGAAUCAGAUUGAACCCUCUGGACUGUGCUGUGCUGUCUCAUGUUUUACAGCUCUGUGACACCAUAAAAAUCCUCAGUCUCGAAAGCUGUAAAAUUGGAGCUGAAGGGAUCCAGCGUCUGGGGCCCGCACUGCACAAGUGCCGACAGCUCAGGCUGCAAGGUAACGAUCUGACAGCUGAUUGUACCGAGGAUCUCGCCUCCGUUAUCAGUAUAAACCUCUCAAUGACAGAGCUGAGCCUGAGUCGCAAUAAAUUGGGAGAUUCAGGAGUGAAGCGACUGUGUGAGUCUCUGAGGAAUCCGAAGUGUAAGCUACAGAGUCUGAGGCUGGAGGCUAACAAUCUGACAGCUGAUUGUACCGAGGAUCUCGCCUCCGCUCUCAUUAAAAACCGCUCACUGACAGAGCUGAACCUGAAUCGUAAUGCGCUGGGAGAUUCAGGAGUGAAGGGACUGUGUGAUACUCUGAGGACCCCGGAGUGUAAGAUACAGAGUAUGGGGCUGGGGUGUAACAGAUUGACCGAUGGCUGCACUGAUGAUCUGGUCUCUGCUCUCUGUACAAGCCGCUCACUGAGGAAACUGGACCUGGGGUUUAACUCCUUCACAGACGACUCUGUCCCCGCUCUCCACCGCCUCAUAAAAACCUGUACCAGCCUGGAGGGGAUCAG